AUGGUGCAAAUAUGUCGUGCAGCAGAUGGCACAAUCACCCCUCUCGACCUCACCCUAUGGGAUCUGGAAAGGCUCGCAAGCCUCGAUAAGCUCAUCGAAGAGAAGACAGGGAUACGCCAAGAGGACAUAUGGGCAUAUCUAGCCGAUGGGAGACCACUCAAGAACGACACCAUCCGCGAACUUGCAGGGCUUGAGGACCAGACGGUCUAUGUUUUCAACAAGCAGUAUCUCAGAUGUGAAAUAGAAGAAGCAAUCAACGAUUUGCACCUCUCACCGCAACUGGAGCCCCCUGUAGACGAUACUGUAGCGUCGACUCCGCCGCUUCGAACAUCCCAACUUGCAAAUUCCUACGCCGACAUUGGUCACGCUCAUGCAGAACGUGUCGGAAACAUUCUCACCGCUCUGCUGUAUCAACACCGCGCCCUCCGUAUUUUGUCGAGUACCCUCGACCAUCACAUACUCGCCACUUCCGACAGCUUCGAGGGUUUGUCCGCGUUUGCAGAGCGCGAACUGGACAAGCAAGCGAAGCUUCUCGAAGGAUUGGACUCCGACCUCGAGAUCGCUAGUAGAGUCAAGGUCCACAAGGAAUUUCUGAGCGUGGCCACACGGAGAGCCAUGGAAGCUGGGGACAAGGGACGGACUCUGGGCGACUAUGUGAGUCGUCAGAAGAUGCAGCAAGUUGCGGCGAGUUGUGUGAAGACACACGAAGACCUCAAGGCGCGCUUCGGGGAGGUGGGCGAAACGAUGGCCCGGUUGAGCAAAGGCGGCGACGAAGUACGCCAUUUUGUUGCUGUCACCAGCACAUCAAUGGACCCCAGUUCUGUAGAAGCGGCAGAAGAAUGCGCGCGUCGAGCACAAGACAUGUGGCAAACACUCUCCGUGCUGCAUGCGUCGGUUGAAAAACCUGGAGUAACACCUGAGAAGGCUCUAGGAGAAUUGCGCCAGCUUGAUGAGGCUCUUCGGGCCGAGGUUGAGCAAAUCACUGAAAUCAAGAACAUACACACGCAGCAGACCCUGCAAGCCAUUCGCCAAAUCAGUGAACUCAACACAGACCUAGUUGCCCUUCCCUCCGCCAUGGCUUCUCUCCAGACAAGCUUCCGCACGAAGUCCAGCUUUGCGCAUAUAGCGAGGCUUCACAACAUGCUCUACGCCUAUGGCGCCACUGUGGUUGAAAUCGUCCGCCGAAAGGAGUUUGCACGGUUCUUCUACCAGAGGGCGCAGAGUAUAUUGGAGGUCAUGGCGAAGCUCUCGUCGAAUGAGCGAAAACGACGCCAGGUCUACAGGAGUGAAGUACAGGGAGAACUCCCUUUCAAGUUGGAAGGACUGGACGACGCUCCCCCUAGUAUUGACUUCUCCCCGAGCGCCUCCAACGACUCGGAAACCUCUCUAGAGCGAUUGGACAUCGAAGACUUUUUUCAUGUGCUCGAUGAUCUGCAACGCUUCGCCCAGGAGUCCAAAGACCAAGCUGCAGAAGCGUCAGUCCUGGAAGCGCGUUCGAAGUUGGAGAAGCUUGUCGGCAAGAUGGACGGGUUAGAAUCCGGCUUCGACAGGAUCGCGGAGCGAUCUCUACUUUCGACGUCUCGUCUUCUGAGUCAUCGACGAAGAGCCACCGAAGACGAUCAAGCGUUCACGGAGAUGCAGCAUCAGCUCCAGGAGUUGCAGCGUCAACGUCAAGAGGACGAAUCAUCUUUCCGGCAAACGCGAUCCACGAUGGAGGCCGACAUUGCGCGGCUACGUGAAAGCCUGAAGACUUCGGAAACGGCUCGAGGACAGCUGGAACGAGACUUGCACUCGACCCGUGCUCAGCUCGAGAGCGAGUCGACCUCAAGACGGAUUCUAGAUGAACGCAACUCCGACAUGUCCAAAGAGGCUGACACGAGUAGAGAAGCCCUUGCGCGAGCGCUCGCCGAGGCCACCGAGCAGACUCGGAUCGCCGAGCUCGUGCGCCAACAGCUCACUCAAACGCGAGACGAGUUCGAGGCCGUCAAGUCGCUCGAAUCUCGGAACUCGGACAAGGUCUCCACUCUUCUGGAAGAGCAGGCCAAGACACUGCUGCGCCUAGAGGAAGCCCGGUCGCGCGGCGAAGACCUAGAAACACAAAUCAAGGCCGCACGCGCCGAGAGCGACGAUGUCAAGCGCGCCCUCGCGGAGUCUAGCAAGGAGAAGGACCGACUUCUCCGCGCCCAGGCGUCGGAACACGAUCGGCUCCUGCGGGACCACAUCGCCGAGGCCGAUGGAGACCGGGCGGUGCUCGAGCAUCAAUUCUCCGAGCUCAAAGCAGCCCUCGAAGACGCCGAACGUCAGGUCAAGGACUCACGAACUCAGGCUGAGACUGCCAAUGCGGACGCCUUCGGCUUACGUGAAGAGCUGCAGCGCGUCGAACAUGAGCUCCGAGAUAUUCGCCGGAGCGAGCGGGCCGCCCGGGAAGAACUUCGUACCGGACGUGCCUCACAAGUCGACUUUGAGCAACAGCUUGAGCAGAGUGAGCGGCUUGUCGCUCAAAUGCUCGAUGUUGCCCUCGCGUUCCGAAACGCGCACGCCAAGGCAUUGUCCAAUGUCCAAGCCAUGGUCGCGCACCCUGGCACCAAGGCUGCUACUGUAACUAAUCUUGCAGAGUCAACGUCUCUCAGCUACUCGCGUCACGGCAUUGUCGCCCAUUCCGGAGAGCCCGCCCCUAUCGACCCAUCCGACCCAAGCGGUGCACUUGAAGCGCUGCGUGCGUUUGAUCACGACCACUUCCUCGAAGCAAUCGCGAAAGCCGGGUCGACAAUCCGCAAAUGGCAGAAACAGUGCAAGGAGUACCGCGAGCGAGCAAAGGGCAAGAUCUCGUUCCGGAAUUUCGCGAAGGGAGAUCUCGCCCUCUUCCUCCCCACCCGGAACUCAAUCUCGAAACCCUGGGCGGCGUUCAACGUCUCAUUCCCUCACUAUUUCCUACAAGCCUCCGGCCACCUCGCAGAGCAGCUCAAGACCCGCGAAUGGAUUGUGGCAAGGAUCACGUCGAUCACCGAACGGGUCGUUGAUUCGAAGGAUCCCAGCACCAACCCAUAUGGUCUAGGAGACGGUGUCAAGUACUACAUGCUCGAGGUCGAAGACUGGACGCAACCGUCGUUUCCCUCGAAGCGUCGAGAACAGCUGAAGAAGCUGCCGCCGUCGGAUCCUCCCCUCGAGCCAACCGCUCAGAUCCUUCCGGCCUCUGAGGCGAUUCCCAUUCCUGCUCGUCCACCGGAGCCAGACGUGGAAGAGUCGUUCAGCGCGACGCGUCCUCCGACGUCCCGUCUCUUCCCUCGCAACCGGUCCUCCUCCUCCCCAACGGCCGGACCCUCCUCUCUGUCUCGACUCCUGGCUCAGGCUGGGCCCUCCGAUAUUCCCGCCCAAUCACCGUCAGCGCUAGGGUUGGGGAUGACGAGUCUGGAACCCAGGCACGGCAUGGCCGAGGGCGGCGCAAGUGGCGAAGACUCGACUCCUCCCCCUCGUACGGCGUCGCCUGGCGGCUUUCCAGUGACACCGCCUCCAGAACAUAGUCCGAAGGCGUCCCGCAGUGUGUCGCCGACGGUGCCUCCCCCACCUGCUCCAUCACGCACGCCUUCUCAUCCGCAACCGAUACCGCUUUCGCCAUUAGAUACGCAGGAGGCCUCCUUAACAGCGCCGAAACGUCCAAACCUCAGCGCUCCAUUGCCGCCUGCGUCUGGCUCCCAGCCAUCCGUUGCCCUUGCGCCGACGAACGGGAACACCGAAGGUGUUAGUCCCGUAUCCGCGACUGCCACUUCCCCCUCGACGAUCGUGCCCCCGCCCGCGCAACUCUCCCCGCGCCGCCCAGGCUCGCGCCAGUCACGAGGCUCGUCGUCAUCGCGUUUCUCAACCGCACGCAUACCCUUCGGCGCCGGCGCCAGCAAGGCAAUGCCCACCACCGCGGUCUCCGAGCAGGCGAUCUCCACACUCUCCACAACGCCUUCGUCUCAGUCGUCUGGAUCUCCAGGCGCGGUCUUCCCUGCCGCCUCCCAGAACCCCUCCGCCUUACCCUCGCCCAGCGGCUCGCCCACGCGCGGCAUGGCAGGGAUCCUCGGUCAGAACCGCCGUCGGACGGCCUCGUACCACGUACCACGACCUAGCAUCAGCACGAGCACGAGCGUCACGACUGCGUCUGCCACCGCGGCUGCAAGCGGGGCCACCGCGGCCGCGCCCACGGCGACAGGCAGCCUUGCGUCGUACGCCCGAAGCUGGAACAUGUUCGGCGGGAAGAAGCGCGGGUCCCUGCUCAGCCUGGGGAUGAGCAGCUCGCAAGCGUCUGGGGGCACCAGUACGAUUCCAGAGGCGGAGUCUCCGUCGUAG